GAAGUGAAAUGUUUCCUCUCGGAUUUAUUUUGAAGUUGCACACUUGGCAAUGGCAGCUUGUGUGAAUGAGAACGCAGCAAAAGAAGUUUUAGAUGAAAAUAACGACCCAGGUGCUGCUCCUUUCGGAAAUUUCAUUAACUAUUAUACCUUUAACCCGCCCGAGAACCGUUUAAGUCUCAUACCGCAAACACUUAUUCAUGAUUUAGGGUACAAAGCCAGUCGUGAGACUAUACUGUUACUAGAUGUGGGUUGCAACUCGGGGGAUUUGAGUGUGGCUUUGUACAGACAUCUUCAGCAGAAGUCCCUGUCCCUAGAGGUUCCAGCUGGAGAAGGAGAAGCAGGUCUCUAUCUCUUGGGCUUCGACCUAGAUGAAUCCCUCAUUGCUCGGGCACAACAGACCAACCCUUUACCCCAAAACAUUUCCUACAUUCCCCUGGACAUCACGCAGGACGAAGCCAGCCAGAGGCAACUAAAAAGCUAUCUGAGAAAACACAGUAGCGCGAGCUUCCAUCUUUGCUUGUGUCUCGCGGUCACAAUGUGGGUCCACCUGAACCACGGUGACGCAACGCUGCUGAAGCUGCUGUCCGGGCUGGCGCGCAUCAGCCAGCACCUUCUACUAGAGGCCCAACCGUGGAAAUGCUACCGCUCUGCUGCCCGCCGUCUCCGCAAGUUGGGUCGUUCGGACUUUGAUCAUUUCAAGGACCUGAAGAUUCGCGGUGAUAUGGCGGAGCAUGCCCGGGAACAUUUAGAGAAGCAUUGUGGGAUGGAGCUGGUGCAGUGCUUUGGCAGCACGACCUGGGAUCGUAGGCUCCUGCUUUUUAGAAGAAAAGAUGGACAUUGAUUUAAACUGUAGGCUUCAUAUUAAAGUUUGACAACCCAUAUUUUGUUUACUUUACCAGUGUUUGUGAGGAUUACGGAAUGAUACGUCAUGAUUUUCACAUCUGUGGCGAAGGAGAACAGUGAACAAAAGGCCUUUUCGGAUUUAAUAAUUUUAAUUACAGAAUUCUAAAAAUAACAUUACAUAAAAUGUAUUUUAAAAGAAACCAUUGAAUAUUACAAAGGUCUCAAAUUCUGCAAAGUUAGGAUAUAAAAUCUCUGAACAAUGGUGCAUAAUUGAAAAGAAAAAUAAAUUUCAUAAAAUGCAUAUAUUAACAGUUCUACCACAAAAAAAAACAAAAA